CAGUAUGGGAAGCACCGAGCCUGUCCUUUCCACGGCGGCCGUACCGGCAACGGAGCCGGCGGGGAAAUCCUACACAUGGCAAGAAGUAGCCGAGCACAACACAGAGAAAAGUUUGUGGGUCACUGUGCGAGGGAAGGUGUACGACAUAUCCAGUUGGGUGGACAACCAUCCGGGGGGCAAGGAGAUCCUGCUGUUGGCGGCGGGGAGGGACAUCACGUACGCCUUCGAUUCCUACCACCCGUUCACGGAGAAACCGACGCAGGUGCUCAACAAGUUUGAGAUCGGCCGGGUCACCUCCUACGAAUUCCCCCAGUACAAGGCGGACACUCGUGGUUUCUACAAGGCCCUGUGCACCCGCGUGAAUGACUACUUUGUGGCCCACAAGCUCAACCCUAAGGACCCAAUCCCCGGCAUCUGGCGCAUGUGCCUCGUCGCCCUGGUGGCCUUGGCCUCUUUCGUGGUCUGCAACGGCUACGUGGGUGUGGAAGGGACAUGGGCCGGGACUACGUGGGCCCGGCUAGUGGCGGCGGUGGUGUUUGGGAUCUGUCAGGCCCUUCCUUUGUUGCACGUCAUGCACGACUCCUCCCACCUGGCGUUUGGCAAUACAGAACGCUGGUGGCAGGUGGGGGGGCGGCUGGCGAUGGAUUUCUUCGCCGGGGCGAACAUGACCAGCUGGCACAACCAACACGUGAUCGGCCACCAUAUCUACACGAAUGUCUUCCUCGCCGACCCGGAUUUACCCGACAAAGCCGCGGGAGAUCCGAGAAGAUUGGUGCAGAAACAGGCGUGGCAAGCCAUGUAUAAAUGGCAGCACUUGUACCUUCCCCCUCUGUACGGCAUCCUGGGGAUCAAAUUUCGAGUCCAAGAUAUCAUGGAGACCUUCGGAAGUGGCACGAACGGGCCCGUACGGGUGAACCCCUUGUCCUUUUUCCAAUGGGCCGAGAUGAUUUUCACCAAAAUGUUUUGGGCAGGAUGGAGGAUCGCGUUCCCCUUGCUCUCCCCGUCUUUCCACACCGGCUGGGCUGCUUUUUCCGCCCUCUUCCUGGUCAGCGAGUUUAUGACCGGGUACUUCCUCGCCUUUAAUUUCCAAGUCUCCCACGUCUCCUCCGAAUGCGACUACCCCUUGGGCGAAGCCCCCCGAGAGGGAGAGGAUGGCAACAUCGUGGACGAAUGGGCGGUCUCCCAAAUAAAGAGCAGUGUGGACUAUGCGCACAACAACCCAGUAACCACCUUCCUCUGCGGCGCCCUGAACUACCAAGUCACUCACCAUCUGUUCCCCACUGUGAGUCAAUACCACUACCCAGCCAUCGCGCCCAUCAUCCAAGACGUGUGUCGGGAGUUCAAUGUGGAUUACAAGGUUCUGCCGGAUUUUGUGACGGCUUUCCACGCCCACAUAGCGCAUCUGAAGACGUUGGGGGAGCGGGGGGAGGCAGCAGAAGUUCACAUGGGCUAAUGUGGGAUGCAUGUGGAGGAUGAGAGACGUCCAGUCGUGGAGUCCUUACAAGGCUACGGAAGGAAUAUAUUGUGAUCUUGAGAAAAUCAAAAUCAAACCAGCUCUAGGAUGAUCAGGCGGUUGUAUGACACAAGGUGAAUUUCGGGAGGCUAAGAAGGAGUCGGUAUGAGAACUUGAGGACGAGAUGUCUCUUAUAAGGCAUUUAAAGGAAUUGAUUUUUUAAUAGGGUGUCAAGUUGUACUAGUUUUGCAGAUAUGUAGGAAGAUGGUUUUGACUAUCAUACAAAUAAUGAAACACAGCACAGCAUGACGGAAA